UUUCAAAAUGUUAUCGUGAAGGGGACCGUUAUUAUAUGCUCUUAUCUAGUAAAACUGUCCGUGAAAAACCCGUGCAGAUUCGACCAUGGCGUUUGACAGAUAUGGACUAUAUGCCUCGACCUUCAAGUUUUUUGGAUCCUCGUCGCACGAUUUUUAUUGGCGGAGUGCCACGACCAACAAAAGCUAGUGAAUUAGCUUUUGUUCUUGAAAGUCAUUAUGGCUCAGUUUGCUAUGCAGGCAUUGAUGUGGACCCAGAAAUGAAAUAUCCUAAAGGAGCUGCCAGAGUUACCUUCAAUACUUUUAAAUCUUAUGUUGCUGCGAUGGCUGGCCGUUUUGUUAAUAUUCCACAUUCGGAUAGUACUAAACGAGUUGAAAUCAAGCCAUAUGUAGUUAAUGACCAAAUGUGUGAUAAUUGCCAUGGAAAACUUUGUCAAGACCGUUACGCACCUUACUUUUGUGGAGAUGUUUGUUGUCUCCAAUAUUAUUGUGAGGCUUGUUGGGAUCGUCUUCAUUAUGGAGGUGCUAAUCGAAUUCGUGAAGUUCAUAAGCCAUUUGUUAGAAUGGGUGAACAAACUAAGCAAUUACAUCGUUUGCCACACCAUAAUACUCCAACUACUGCUUCUUCUGCUGCUGUUGUUCCAGCAGUUAUUCCUCGUGUUCUUUGAG